GGGCGGGCCGGGGAGGCGACGGAGCGUGCUGGUGCUGAUGCAGGAUGGCUGAGCUCGCAGGAGCCCGGGAGGUCUGAGCCGGGAGAGGCUCGCUCCCAGCGCAUCGCCUGGUCCGCCCGCCGCGUGGUCGCGGGCAGGUGGGCCUGGGUUUGCAGCGCAGGGCCAGGGCAGCGCCAGGAAAGGCAGAUCUGCAGCUGGCCGGGCCGAAGGUUGAGAGGUUGCUCACCUACGAGGUCUCGGAGCGGCCACAGCUGCCCAGCCCGCCCUGUUCGCGAUGACCUGCUGAGAAGCUUUGUCGGAGGCUGCAGGAGGCGGCCUUGUUGCGGGAGGUGCGGUUCUCUACCGCGUCCCUCGUUGUGCGGAACCCCGGCCCCCCCCACCCAUCCCCGCGCUCCCUCCCUGCCGCGGGCCGAGAUGGCGGAUCCAGCCGAAUGCAGCAUCAAAGUGAUGUGCCGGUUCCGGCCACUUAACGAAGCAGAGAUCCUUCGCGGGGACAAAUUCAUCCCCAAAUUUAAAGGCGAUGAGACCGUGGUGAUCGGGCAAGGAAAGCCGUAUGUCUUCGACAGAGUGCUGCCUCCCAGCACGACCCAAGAGCAGGUUUACAAUGCAUGUGCAAAGCAAAUUGUCAAAGAUGUCCUUGAAGGUUAUAAUGGGACAAUUUUUGCAUAUGGACAGACUUCAUCAGGAAAAACACACACCAUGGAGGGAAAGCUCCACGACCCUCAGCUCAUGGGCAUCAUUCCAAGGAUCGCACAUGACAUCUUUGACCAUAUCUAUUCCAUGGAUGAAAAUCUGGAGUUCCACAUCAAGGUUUCCUACUUUGAAAUCUACUUGGACAAAAUCAGGGACUUACUGGAUGUAUCCAAGACAAACUUGGCUGUUCAUGAAGAUAAAAACAGAGUCCCAUAUGUAAAGGGGUGUACUGAGCGGUUUGUGUCAAGCCCUGAGGAAGUCAUGGAUGUGAUAGAUGAAGGCAAAGCAAACCGCCAUGUGGCUGUAACAAACAUGAAUGAACACAGCUCUAGAAGUCACAGUAUCUUCCUGAUUAAUAUUAAACAAGAGAAUGUAGAGACUGAAAAAAAACUCAGUGGAAAGCUGUAUCUGGUUGAUUUGGCUGGGAGCGAAAAGGUCAGCAAAACUGGUGCCGAGGGAGCUGUUCUCGACGAAGCGAAAAAUAUCAAUAAGUCUUUGUCUGCUCUGGGAAACGUGAUCUCUGCCUUGGCAGAAGGGACAAAAACACACGUGCCAUACCGGGACAGCAAAAUGACUCGAAUUCUUCAGGACUCUCUGGGAGGGAACUGUAGAACCACCAUUGUGAUUUGUUGUUCUCCCUCAGUCUUCAAUGAAGCUGAAACCAAGUCAACACUAAUGUUUGGACAAAGGGCUAAGACCAUCAAAAAUACAGUUUCUGUGAACCUGGAACUGACAGCAGAAGAAUGGAAGAAGAAAUACGAAAAAGAGAAAGAGAAAAACAAGACUUUGAAGAAUGUUAUCCAGCAUCUGGAGAUGGAGCUGAACAGAUGGAGAAAUGGAGAAGCUGUACCUGAGGAUGAGCAGAUCAGUGCCAAGGACCAGAAAACCCUGGAGCCCUGUGAUAACACCCCCAUCAUAGACAACAUUGCGCCUGUGGUCGCCGGCAUCUCUGCAGAGGAGAAGGAGAAGUAUGAUGAGGAAAUCUCCAGUCUCUACCGACAACUGGAUGAUAAGGAUGAUGAAAUUAACCAGCAGAGCCAACUGGCUGAAAAGCUAAAGCAACAGAUGUUGGAUCAAGAUGAGCUUCUAGCUUCCACAAGAAGAGACUAUGAGAAGAUUCAGGAGGAGCUGACACGUCUCCAGAUUGAAAACGAGGCAGCCAAAGACGAGGUGAAGGAAGUUCUCCAGGCUCUGGAGGAGCUGGCUGUCAAUUAUGACCAGAAGUCACAGGAAGUGGAGGACAAGACCAGGGCCAAUGAGCAGCUGACAGAUGAGCUGGCCCAGAAAACGACUACACUGACAACCACACAGCGAGAGCUAAGUCAGCUGCAAGAGCUUAGCAAUCACCAGAAGAAGAGGGCUACUGAAAUCCUGAAUUUGCUGUUGAAGGAUCUGGGGGAAAUAGGAGGAAUUAUUGGCACCAAUGAUGUAAAGACUUUGGCAGAUGUGAAUGGAGUCAUUGAGGAGGAAUUCACCAUGGCCCGCCUGUACAUCAGCAAGAUGAAGUCCGAGGUCAAGUCCCUGGUGAACCGCAGUAAACAGCUGGAGAGUGCUCAGAUGGACUCCAAUAGGAAGAUGAAUGCCAGUGAGCGGGAGCUGGCUGCCUGCCAGCUGCUCAUCUCCCAGCAUGAAGCCAAGAUCAAAUCCCUGACAGACUACAUGCAGAACAUGGAGCAGAAGCGAAGGCAGCUGGAAGAGUCCCAAGACUCGCUCAGUGAAGAGCUGGCCAAGCUCCGAGCCCAAGAAAAAAUGCAUGAAGUCAGCUUCCAGGAUAAGGAGAAGGAACAUCUGACCCGGCUGCAGGAUGCUGAGGAAAUGAAGAAGGCACUGGAACAACAGAUGGAGAGCCACCGGGAAGCUCAUCAGAAGCAGCUGUCCAGACUCCGAGAUGAGAUCGAGGAGAAGCAGAAAAUCAUCGAUGAGAUUCGGGAUUUGAAUCAGAAACUGCAACUGGAACAGGAGAAGCUCAGUUCUGAUUAUAAUAAGCUGAAAAUAGAGGACCAAGAGAGAGAGAUGAAACUGGAAAAGCUCUUAUUGCUCAAUGAUAAAAGGGAACAAGCCAGAGAGGACCUCAAAGGGCUAGAAGAGACAGUGUCUCGAGAGCUACAGACUCUACAUAAUCUCCGUAAACUCUUCGUCCAGGAUCUGACCGCCCGUGUUAAAAAAAGCGUGGAGCUGGACAGUGACGAUGGAGGAGGAAGUGCCGCCCAGAAGCAGAAAAUUUCCUUCCUGGAGAAUAACCUAGAGCAGCUCACUAAAGUUCACAAACAGCUCGUCCGGGACAAUGCAGACCUGCGCUGUGAGCUGCCCAAACUGGAGAAGCGCCUGCGCGCCACAGCGGAGCGAGUUAAGGCGCUGGAGAGUGCACUGAAAGAGGCCAAGGAGAAUGCCAUGCGGGACCGCAAGCGCUACCAGCAGGAGGUAGACCGUAUCAAGGAGGCCGUGCGAGCCAAGAACAUGGCCAGGAGGGCCCACUCGGCCCAGAUUGCCAAGCCCAUCCGCCCUGGACACUACCCGGCAUCGUCUCCAACGGCUGUCCAUGCCAUCCGAGGGGGAGGAGGCGGCUCUUCAAACCCCACUCACCACCAGAAAUAAACACGAAAUAUGACUCUCCACGUAGCAUGUCAAGGACUACAUUGAUCACCAAAAUUCCUUUCUUUUUUUUCUCUCCUACACAAUUUCCAUUUUCUUUUACACUUGCUUAUCCCAGCCAUCUGCAGUACACCAGUUUCAGAUAUUUGAGCUGUGUAGAGUUUCUCUGUGUAUAGAUGUGUGCUUGGACUUUUCUCUUCCUGAGAUAUCUGAAGGGGACAAUUACAGAAGAUCCACUUACUCCUGGGACCUAUUGCUGCUGGCAUUGGGUGGUCACUGGGUGGCCUCGGAGCCUCCUUUCUCAGCAGUCACCAUCCCGGCAAACACCAUUCCCUGGGGGAAACAACCAAGUGCCGUGGAGGUGGGGGAGGGCCCCCCCUCCUGCCCAUUGCAACUGUCUGGUUUCCUGUAAAAUAAACACAUUACUUUAUAUUUUUAGGGAACAAAAAAAGUGCUGCUAUAGAGUUCACAAUUUUCAUUCUGAACACUUUUCCAAAACAAACCACCCCAAAGACACAUUUUGAAUACCCUGGUCUCAUCUUUGGAUCUGUAAAAUACAUGUUUUAGUAUGACACCUGUUCAAAGGCAAAGCAAAUUUCUUAGAGACAGAAAAACAAUCUGACAGUAGUGAUGUAGAAAUUGUUCACUCAGACACAUUUAUGUAAAUGCAAGAAGUCAUAACAUUCACUUCUGAGCUGCCUGCUAUUGAACCUGCAGUGACUAGUCUCAGCCAGCCCAGUUUGAGCAUCAUUCCUUCAGAAGUGUUGAAAAUGCUGUGAAGUUGGACAAACAGAAAAUGGGGCUGACCCCCUCCUUGCUUCCUCCUCCCUGAUCCUACAGGAGCUUGCAUGGGGGGAUGGCCUCUUUCUCUAGGGAACCAUCCUAAGGCUGGAGGGGGUAUUGCUAAUGAAAUCCAGGACCAUUCCAGCAGUUGAAAAAGGGAGCCUCGGGGGGAAGUCAUUGACAUGUUUUUGUGCCUAUGAACAAGUUGCCAUGAAUAAGUUGUUAUAUUAACCCAACCUUGCUGACUGAGUUCUCUCUUUGGCAUCAAAGAGAUAGGUUUCAUCUUAGGCAGAAUUAGAGGAAAUCAAUGUGGACGGAUUUUCUUAGCCAGCUAUUGUUUUAUUCAACUACAUGAAUCUAAAGCUGAAGCCACUCUUAUUUCCAGUUGUGCAUAUUUAAAAUGAACAAUUUCCAAGUAGUCAACUUUUCAGGGAUGCCAAUGAAGAUUCAUUAAGUUAGUCUUGUGUGCUGCUGUUUGUUUUGAUCAAUUUGAAGGCUAAGUCAAUGACAACCAAACCAAUCUCGGUAUAAGCACCUAUCCUAUGGUUGUGCCUGCCCUGGAUGAGCACUGGCUGCAUCUGCUGCUGUCAUCACUGGAAUGAAAUUAUGCUGAGAGAGACGUUUCACAUUCUCAUCACUGGUGGGUGGUAGUUUGUGUGUGUGUGUGUGUGAAGCACUAAAGACUGAAUUGACUUCCAAACUCUUCUUGUGUAAGAUUUCCCUAACCAAGAAGAGCGCUUCAACUUAAUUUAUUUGUUAAAUGUUGUACUUUGUUUAUGUGUGUUUUGUUUUGUUUGGGGGUAGAGAGAAGAGGGUGAAUUCUACUGAAGUAUUUAUUUCAUAAAAGUGAUAAUUUUGCAACUAUUUACAUUUUCAAAAUUCUUCUGUUUGAUUUUUUUCUGUUGUUGCUAGUACUUGCCCAAUAUACCUGCUCAAAUGCUGUUUGCCACCUGAUAGAAGGAUCCUUGCAGGACAGGUUUUGCAAACUUUAUCAGCAUAUGCCAUAAAUUACAACCUUGCUGUUAAUAUGUUUGCCCCUGACUUUGGAAGUUAAAACAUUAGUCUUUGAGAAGAUUGCCAAUGAAUAAAUUGUCACACCACUGCUGUCUGUCCUGCAACUGUUCAGCUAUAUAUUUGGAAAUAGAACAAAGGUCAGUAAUUCUUUCUUUGGGCCUUCUUGUUUUAAUAGAUUAUUUUAGACUAUUUUCCAAAGUGAUUUUUCCCUGGGCACCUCUUUUCUAAUUCUGAAGGGCUGUUUGGGCCUUUUAUGUUUCCAAAAGAAACAUUCACUUGUAGUUCCAUAUUUCUUGAUCUCUAAAAUUCACUUUACUUUUACUCACAGAGAAAGUUGGCUUUGACGUCUCUUAAAGAUAAUUGUGCUAGGUGCUGAUCAGCCAGUCAGUUCACCUGGCUUUAAUCUUUAUAGGACCUCUAAACUAAUUUUCCUACACUGUGACUAAAAGGUAGGCAGAUCCUUGGAAUGAAUUAUAUGGUAUAUUCACAUGGAUCCCUAAACAUUACUUUAUAUAAUAAGGUAAUAUCAGGACUAUAUCUACAGGUCGCUUUUGUUAAGAGCCACAUUCAUGCAAUUUUCACUUUUUUGAACUCUUGUACCUUUACAUUUGUACUCCAGAUGUGAAGACCACAUUUCUGAAUGGCUAAGCCUAUGAUUAUAUUUUGGUUAUAUGCUGCUCUUUUGCUUGUGUAUGUGUGUGUGUGUGUGUGUUUCUCCUCUAUGAAUAAUUUUAUAUUUUAUGCUACUUCUUGAAAAUUUAUUCUUUGAUGCUGUAAAAGAAUAACCGGAUGGUUUCUACACACAAUCUCUCCCUGCAGGAUGGUGGAUUGUUAAAUUAGAGGAAUGCUCUUUGAGAUAUCAACAUUUAUGGUGGAGACUGAAAAAAUAUUAAUGCCAAAUGUGUUUUGGUCAAUUACUAGAGAAUUCUGUACAAAUGCGUCUUCUCUUCCAAUGCUGUCCAGUUUGCCUUGUUGAAUGGCAAGUAGUAGGGAGAACAGAACAGAAGUGUGGAUUAAGACUUUUAAAGGAAAUAGUAUCGUAUGAUUAAGGAAAUUAGAAUUUGUAGAAAUACUGGGAUCAAUGAAGAAAUAAAAAUGUCUGUCUAGAAUGUAGCAUCUAGAGAGUUUUUGAAGCCCUAACUUCACAUGAGGAAGUGAUGUUUCUGUUCACAGCCAGCCUCAGCCAUCACCAAGACUCAUGGGGGGAUUAUCACUUCUUUCCUAGAGAAAUAACUGAAAGCAAAUAAAAAUUCUUAACAGUC